AUAAUCUUUCACUGUUAAAUGAUCUUGAUCGCCAAAGACGUGUAGCAAUAUCUCAGAUUCAAACCACAUUAUAUUCGCUAACCUCAUUUCAAUUGGACAUGGAGGAGUUAAGAGAGCAAGUAUCAAGACCUUCUUUGAUUGAAAUGCCUAUUCAAGUUCAUAUUGAAAGUGUUCAUAGAGGGAUUGAAAGAUUAAGAAGUAGUAAAGUUGCUUUAAAGAGCGGUAGAAAUAAUUAUAAUCA